AUGCACUUGGCACAGGUGCACUCAUCUUCUACACGUUGCACCAAUCCCAACGGUCCCUUCAAGGUCGCUCGAUGGCCUCUCAUCGCAAAGCACUACGCAUGUGUGGGCAAACUCAUCGAUCUACGAAUCAAUGUGAGUUAA